ACGCGUUUUAACUUAUUUUCACAGGCUAUCGAGCCAUUUCUGGUACUCUUAUAUCUGAUUUGGUGGGUGAUAGGUGGGAAGUGUCGAUAUAAACGCGCCGCAUCCCACGAACGACAGGUUUAUCCACUUCUUAUUCCAAGAUGUCAAAAAAUGCAAAGUUCAUCUAUCCUUCGCUUUCAAUAGACGACAUCAUUAUUGCCCUAGAGACAUGGGGUCUCUCUGUCAGUCCAGAACAGCUUCAUAGACCGACUGCCGAGUUCGUUGAGGGUGUUUAUUGUGCGUGUCUCGAUGUAGUCACUGGCAUCAAUAACGACACUUUGAGCGACGCGACUCAGUUAUCUCUCUCUGCCUCUACUAUGGAUGAGAAAGAACUGUAUUCGCCUGCGUUGAAACAUGCCCUGCUUUUGCAUCAUUUAAACCGCUUUGCGGUGGCUGCUCGGAUUGAGGACUUCUCCGCCUUGGAUAUAUCCCGUCCAGAACGUGACAGAACUCUCAUCUUACUCUCGGCCUUUAUCAACUUCAUCAGAUUUACAGACCAGUUUUGCUCUGAACGCGUCAACAAACUUACACAUCGUUCCAAUGCGGUACUCGAAGAACAUCAAAAGAUGAAGAACAAGUUGACGGAUGUUCGACUACAAAUUACGGAUAUUAAGGCGAAGUUAGCAAAGGACGAACCACGUUGUCUGGAAUUUCAAGAAGAGAACAACAGGUUGAUGAAGCGACUUCGGGAUACCAAAGAUCUCCAGCAAGCAUCCAUAGCUGAAGUAGAAAGACUCAGGGCUGAGAAAAAGCAGCUGAUAGAGAGACGGGACGCGUUUGAGAAAGAGAUCGAUAGCGUGGAGGCAGAUAUUCAACGCAUAAAUGGAAGAAUCGUGCAGUCACCGGAUCGGGUCAAACGUGCCAUCUCGACCAUGGGGAACCAAGUGUCGGAAGACAAGGCUCUCGUUGCCAAGAAUGAGGCCAAAGCUCGUGAACUUCAGAUCAGAAUAAAAGCACUCAACAGUAUUAGCGAAGACCUGCAAAGUUGUAUCGAUCAGCUCCAGGUUAUCGAAAAAGAGGCAGAAUCGCUAGAAUCCUCGCAACGUGAACUGGCUGAGCUCAAAGCUCAAUACGAAGAUAAAGAGGUGGAACGGAAUGAACAGAAACUCCGUCAGGAGCGAGUUUCGAAGCAGUUGGAAAAUGCACGUCAAAAGCUGGAGAACACACAAGCUCGUGGGAAGGAGAAACGUGAGGCAAAUCAAAGGGCGCGAGAAAGAUUACAGGUGGAAUACGAUCAGAUGAACGUCGAGAGGCAAAAGAAUGACAAGAAUCUGCAAGGGGUGCGAGAAGAAGCCGACGCUAUCGAAGCAAAGAUGGCUGAACAUAUCAGGACAAGCGAAGCUGAGCUGAAUAGCCUUUUAGCAGACUACUGGCACUUGCGACAUGAGACCGAGGUCUACAUGGAAACCUUGUCCAAUAAACUCAAUAUUCGAGCCUAGCCCCCUGUAUCUUGUAAUAUUGUAGAGUAGUGUAUUUCCAACCCUCCAAAGACUUGUAGUCUCCACUGUUCAUUCGACGAUGUCUUUGAAUGUUGGUUGCAUACAUCGUAGCCAGAGAUAUAUGAACUAAUGAAAUUCGUGCGACC